AUGAAUCAAGGGAACCAAUUUUCUGAGCACUUUUUGUCGCCAGUAUAUUCACCUUAUGAUGGUGAUGAGGAUCGCGUUAAUUUCACUUUACUCAAUGAUGACUUGGACUACGAUUCUGACACCUCCAUUCAAACUCGCGUAAUGAGCCAACCAAACACACAAAUGCGCAUAAGCAGCUCAAGAGCUUCAUUGCAUCGACAAAAUUUCCCAUCAGCAAACCCAGAGUAUGCCGACUAUCAUAUGCAAGUGUUUCCAGUCAUUUAUAAAUUCUCUGAAUUUAUACUUGAGAGCUCAGAGAGUACUCAUCACGAAGGUGUUGCUCCUCUUCAGAAUAUCGAAAAAAUUGGCUUGUAUUGCCUCAAGGAUCUCAUUAACUUUAGUCCCGAAGACCUUCGACUUCGUGGGUGGAAUUUUCUAUCAUUGUCAGAAAAAAAUACUGGGAUUGCGCCGUUCUCGAUAUUACCCGAUUGUCCAAACAUAUUGGAAACACGUUUUGCGAACACAUUUGACAUUUCCAGGUUUAUGUAUCAUAUAUCACUUGAUCUUUCAAAGCGUCAUGAUAGCAUUGAUCCAGUGUAUUUGGUCUCGAAGCUUGUUAAAGCCGCUGUAAGUAGUGAGCCCUUUAACUUUACUCACGAAUUCACUCCUCAAUAUACCUUUGACGGGAGCCUUUUAGACCCUUCGUGGGAGUCAGAUACUAAUGAAUUUUCUUCGAUGGAAAUGGAGAAGUUCCCUAGCACCAAUGACGUCAAUGAGUUCGAUUUCUGCAUGGUUUUGGCUUCAACUGCAUGUGAUAAAAGAGUUCCUUUGAGGUGUAUUCAAUUACUUCAUCAAAUUGCCAACAAGUGCCUCCUCGGUCCACAAACACACAUUUUAACAUCAUGGGGGGUCCAACAUGUUGCAAAACUUCUAAUUAUCCAGCUAAAUGAAGCCAUCCAAUCUUCUGAAGAGGAAAAGGCAUGGAUUUUGGCUGCUCUUUCAUUGCUUUGGAAAAUCGUUGUUGCUUCUUCAGAUGUUGAUGUAUUGCUAUCAUUACUUCGGUGGAACUAUUUGAAUUUUAAAAAGGUGGGGGCAAUGAGUCUUCUAGGAAUUGCGCCUCUGGUAAAUUCAAUUGAGUCUCAUAGUGUUGGACGAAUAAGGCUAUCGCUACCGCCCUCUCGUUAUCGAGAGCGCCACGUAUCAUUUGCACACUCUCUCACAUCUAUUCCCGUAGGCACAAUUAAAGGUUUGUGCGUUACCGGGUCUGAGUCAGACCUUUUCUGUGUGCUUUUCACCAACUCCGGUGUGUACAAGGUUUCACUAAAUCCGCCAUAUAUUAUAGCCCAAAAGUCUUCUUAUACCACCGAGUAUCUCAGGGCACUCUUCGUAGAGGGUGACAAAGUGGUUGUAUGGAUCGCCUCUGGGAAGGACUUGGACAUUUUGGACUCCAACUCUCUAAUGCCUUGCGGAAAAAUUAAGGCCCCUCUCUCCAAAUCCAGUGAAGAGUUUGUAGUAUAUGCUGGGAAUGAACAGUUUGUAACACCAUACUACUAUUCUGCUGGUCAAACCCGGCGGAACGUUUCUUUCAUGGGAACUGAAUUUAGUGGCACAAUGAAUCCCUCCUCUUUGCUUCUUCCAAGAACUACUGACUCUCUCAGUGUUCAGUUCUUUAUAUAUGCUACUGUGCCUGCCGACGCGACAACCACAAUGGAGGUGGUUUCUGCGUUUAUAAGUGAUAAAAAAUGGUUAUCGGUAAAAGUUGCUCUAGAUUACCAGACAGCAACUAUGACACUCACCUUUGAGCACGGAAAGGACGCUGUUGCGGAGAUUGAGGAGCCGAUUUGCUCGGAGUGGGUGCUAUGGAGCGCCACCUUGACCUCUCUUAAUCAUAUUGCCACAUGGGCGAUCUAUAGGAACGGUGUUUGUUGCGAUGCCCGAACUCAAAGUGGACCUCUUGUCAGGCCGUCUGACUCACUGUUUCUUAGCAUUCUUCAGGGGCGCUUUACAGGUUAUCUUGCAUGCAUACAGGUGUGGAGCAGAGAGCAAGCUAUAGAAGAUAUGAUAUUGGCUGGAAUGGAAGGAAAUAUUGCCAAUCGAUCUCAGUUUCUUCUGUGUUCAUUCCCUUUGGAUGAGGGUAUCGGAUGUUACUUUCACAGCAAAUCCUCCGGACUAGUGUUUCGGAGUCAGAACUGCAGUUGGCUACCAUGUCCAAAACCAUUGCCAGGAAAACUAUGCACCAGCGAGAAAACUUUCUGGAAACCAUAUGGAGAGUACUAUAUGACAACAAAUGAAUUUGAGCUUGUUGUUGUUGAGGAAGGCUAUGCGACAUGGAUCAACAAAGAGGGAAGAAUUCUCGAGCAACAAGCAACCAUUUUCAGCCCGACAGAUCGAAUUUUCUAUUCCCCGAUUGAUGGAAUGAUCUACAGUGCCGCCCAUGAUAAUUUUGAGGUGAGCUCUAUACGAGUAGCUGGGACCCCUACCAGCCGCAUGAAGGAAUUGCCUUCAAUGCAAUGUUGUAAAUCACACAUCAAAAGCAUUCUCGAUCGUGUAAAGGAGGGAAAUAAAUGCUCAGUAUACGAUAUAGCGCUUUAUUUGGCGUAUGUUGUGAACAUCAAUCUCAUCAUUCUGAAGGAAAACCACUCAAACUUUCAGAACCUUUUAUCCUUCAAUGUCAUCACGACUGUCUCCUUAAAAACCGUUGGACGUCUACUAACCAUUUGUCAAGAGGUGAUUGACAGUAUUGCCAAACGUGAUAUCAGUGACUUUGGAAACCUGGUUCUGUGUAUCGCUGGUAGAUUGCUAACACACCAGAUGAAACUAUUGCAGUGUCGCUGCCCCGCUAAAGUGGUUUCUGAAAUUGUAAGUGUGUACCACUUUUUGCAAAGCAAUACCUUACCCAACGAAGUGCUUAUUGUGGAGGCUUUAGAUGUGUUCUCUGAUCUUCACAGAACUAUUCUUGCUGAGUGCGUGAGUCAUGACUAUCAGCUCAAACUCAUUAACGAAAGCGCCAAUUUCAGGGAUGUAGGACAGCUACUGCAGCCAAAUAACCUCCUGUCACUAGUUUGCUCUGUAAUCGAGAAGGAUAUGAAAAAACCAUUUAUGUCAUUCCUUAAUCGCCUUAAAGAGGAAUGCAAAGCAGAAACGCAUUGCAUAUUCUCACGCAAGCCAGUGAGUUUUAACGCUUCGGAGGCAAUACUAACGGUGAUUUUCGGUAUACUUUCACAAGAGGUUAACCCUCAAUGGCAUCUUGUUGCAGUAGCAUUAAUUAAUACUCUCUGCAAAUACAUCAUUCAACAAUUUGAGCAAUACUUUCCUUCGUGGAAUGACCAACUCUUAAAUCUUGAUUUGCUCAAGCAGACUUUCGUUGGUGUUGUUUUAUUUCCAGUCGCCCAUUACUUGUAUGAAAUGGAUAUUGAUACGUCUUUUGUAACCGACUAUCUCAGGGCACUUAAGGAUACAUACGAUCGUCUUCAACGGUACGCUUUGGCCAUGCAUGAUCCCUCUGUUAGAGCUGUCAAAAUCACAGACACUUACUCCAUCGUCCCACGUGCGCAAUUUUCCACAGAUUUUCAGGCAAAGUUGGAUCUUCGCUAUGCGCACAGCUUACGAGUAGAAAUGAGCACCUUAAAAUCGCGUAGUGAGGAUGACUCUUACCCAUCAUUACUUGUUACACUUAUUAACAAUGAGUAUCACUCCAUUUCGGUAACUCUUUCUUACGACGACGCAAGGGAAGUCACGUUUGAUUUGGGUGGUGAGCUGAACUUUCAAGCAACCAUUGAUGAAAACUGCACAAAUGUCAUCAUAACGGUUUAUGCAGAUGUUGAGCUAAAUGUAGAGAUGACGAGCUGGAUAGAAAGCAUUUGCCAGGCGUUAAUCCUCACAAUAAUUCGUAUACCAAAUCUAACUAUACACAAGUUGCUUCACCAGCGAAACAUGCAGAUACGCGCAUCUUCUUUUCUUCGUGGGGGUUUAUCAAAGGGGACGCUAAAAAAUGAGGAUCUGCUGCACACCAGUGACUAUCAUGCACUUGAAAUCUUGGAACAGCUUGCCCGGACAGUGGAAGAUAAAGUGCUAGGAUCUAAUCUUGUGUCAAAUUGGAAGAAUAUGUUUGCCUCCAAAAAUUUUCCGUAUCCAAACCGACUUGAAAAUGUUAUAAUGUGGUCCUGUUGCGCACUAACUUGGCAUUCAAUGAAAAAUUCAUUGGAAAAUGAUGCACUCGUGAAUCACAUGUCAGGCAUUCUCGACUUACUUAAGAAAAAGGCAUUUUUAUUCCUUGAAGCUCUCCAGCAAGAGAGGGAGGAAGAUAUUGUCAAGCGUGCACGAUUUUUGCUCCUUGACGUUAGCCCACGAGCAAAAGCUGAGGCCCAUCUGACAGAGCUACAACAUACUGAGGAGCCCAUCGUAGGGGCGAUUUCUAAUCGCCAUUCGACAAAGGCUUCCCAGAGUGUUUGUUUGGCAGCUAAUCGAGGCCAAAGCGGAAGUGCAUUUAGUUUUGGCAGUGUUGAUACGCUUCAACUUUCGAAUGCGCCUACUGUUUACUUUUCUAGCACUAAUGCAAGUGGUCUUAAUCGCAGGAUGACAACUAUAAGAGCUUUUAACAAAAAUCUCAAAGAUGACUCCGAUAUGCUCUUAAACCAAACUAUUCAGUAUCUGAUUAAUGGAGCGAAGGAGACCACAGAGGAGAUUGUUAGUGUUCUUUCCACGCGGUCACGUUGUGCUACGCUACUGAUUGAUGACUAUAAACUGAUGGAGGAAUUAUGCAGGCAUUGUGUCAACAACGAUAGAAUGUUGGGCUGCCUUCUCAGCUCACACUUACAUCACCAAAAUAGACUAAUUCAGCAUCUGUACAAAGGUUCCCGUGAUAAGGCAGGUCACGCAGAACAGGAGAUUGACAACCAUUACGACAAAUACAUCUACGGCUGCGGUUUUGUACAGGAGCUUGAGUUACAUAAGGCGUUUUGCUUGUUCAUACGAACCGCCUUGCAUAACCUUAGGAAAAGGCUCAUCAGUAACAAAGAGUUCCCUUUGAAGGAGUCUCUGGAAAUGUGCGCUAUUCUUUGCCAUCCAUGGGAUAGCGUAGAUUUAUCAAUUUUGCAGCCUUGCGAUAUCUUUGAUUUUCUUCAUCGACUUCUCUCAAACGUUUUUACGAGGUGCCUGAAUAAUCUUCAGAUUGAGGAUAAGUCGGCUGCCUAUUUUGAGAGCAAAGGGAUUUUUGACUUGUUCCAUCGAUGUUUGAUAACACCCAAUUCCUUGCUUCAUAUUUCCAUUGAGGGAGUACAUAUUGUCGAUGGAGAAGUCCAAGGUUUGCAUGUUGAAGGUGCGGAUAUCAUAUGCAGUGCACGGAACCAUUGGAAGCUGUCAGCUCAUGCAAAUGUGCUGCACCCCAAGAGUGAAACCGACUGGUUUGCGAACUAUGGGCUGCCUUGUAUUGUUACCGAAUUUCCCACUGUGCAGUAUUUUGAAAUCACACUCGAUCUUUGCGUCUGUACAGAGCCUAAAAUUUCCAUAGGAGUGAGUUUCUUGUUAUUGGCACCAACUGACCCUUCGCGCACUGAUCAGGCUAUUAGGUUCUCCUCAGAUGGUGUUGUUACUCUUCCAAAUCACAGGGCUCUUAAAUUCAGUGGUAGAUGGAAAGGGGAGGAUGUCAUUGGAUGUGGUGUGCUUGCACCUAACAACAGUGUUUUCUUCACUCGAAAUGGAGAAUUCCUUGGGAUUGCCACAGAGUGUGAUUUUGUGACCAUGAUUCCUUUUGUUGAGGUACAUGGGAUCGGAACUCUCAUAAGGGUGCUCGUUAAUUUUGGGACUGAUCAAGCCUUCAAGUUUAAUAUGGCAAGCUUGCAUAGUUCAUGUCGACAUCGGUAUUUAACACCGAAUACCGUAUGUGAUGCAAUCCUUAUCACAGUGCACUACCUUAUUACCAUGUGCUUCAAAAACUUUUCGUCUAAUGGGGAAGUCACCGCUCCAAACCAGGAUGCAAUUGGCAAUCUUCUUGAGAAAUCAACUGAAUUCCUUCAUAAAUAUAUUUCCGAGUUUGUCGAGCUGCACAACAGUCGCUCCUUGACUGAAUCUGCGAUGCAAAAAGAUUCCGCACCAGGUGGUCAGGAGUUUAUUUUAAUUAUGAUAUCACGACUUUUUCAUUGCUUAUCUCUUGUCAUCGAGUGCUUCCGUUUCGAUGCUGUCGCGCCCAAGACGCACUCCAGAGUUCUACAUAUUUGCGCUUUCGCACUCACUAACGCGCAUAAUAAAUGGAUCAAGGUUCGUGCAGCCAAAUGUCUUUGUCUUGUGAGGCAGGUGAUGCGUGAGGACCUACUUGCGGAGGCCGCCGACAUGUUUGGCCGAAGUGCUGCAACACAAGAAAUAAUUAGCCAAUUGUUUGAGUUAGCACGUUCAAAACACACGAACAGACUCGAAGCUUCACUUUCUUUUCACAAAUGGUUAAACAAUACUACAAUUGUAAGGGGUAAAGGAGCCUUUUUUGGGUCUACUCCAAUGCCAAAGAGCGGAACGCAUAUAGUCGGCUUUCGGAUAAGGCGCUGUCAUCAACCAGAUCAGGAAACAGGAUCACCUUUGGGUGGAUGCUACUACGUCGGGUUGUGCCAUGGUCAACCACAAAUUAGUUGUAUGAACAGUCUUAUCAAUCGCAGAGAUGUUUACGUCUUGCAAGACACUGAUGACCAAGACCAAGUUUCUCACUUGUUGUUGAGGCGACAGUUCAUUCCCAAGAACACAUUCCGACGGAUUUACGGAAACAACGAGCUGGUAUGGGUGCAAUUCAAUGCCGAUGUUGGCGAGAUAACAUUCUACCGAGAGAAUAUGGUUCUGAUUGGGCUUGCGUUUGCCAAUAUUGAAAAGACCGAUGAUCUUUAUCCGAUCGUCUUUCACUUCAAUGAUGAUGCAUCAUGUGAGAUCCUUCCGCCGCCGACCUCUGUUUCUGAGCCCGCUGAACACACCCCGGAAAGGCUAUGCCGAAGCAUAGCUGUUGAUACACUUCAGCAGCUUCAUCUCAUCGCUCCAUUUCAAGCGAUGAUCACAAAGGAGUUGCAUCGAUCGAUCACUCGACUAGACCGUGAUUUGGAGGGCUGUCUUGGAGCCCUAGCCGUUCUUGGUGGAAAGCGUAGCUACCAAUAUUGCCUCCACGAUACGUAUGGCCUGGUUGUUCUCCAUUCAGUCGCUGAUAUCACGAGAAAGGCUGCUGUAUAUCUGGCUAGUGACCAAGAGAGACAACUGUUUUCUGUACCGUUGCAGACCCUCAAGCCCAGUUUCAUUAAAAUUCCACUUUAUGCAUCGGGGAGUGCGGUGUCAGACUCUUGUGUGUCUUUACUGACCAACGAGCUUUGUCACAUUUUGUAUGAAGCCACACUUGUAGCACCACUUACACGACAAGAAGAAGAAGCCAGAUUACGUAUUGAAGAAGAGUACGCGCAAUCUAUUGAGGCAACCACAACGUUAGACUUGAUUGGAAUAUUGUCGUCACACUAUUUUCCUGAGUCAGGAGGUAGACCCCCAGUGGCGGACACUUUUGUUGCUCAAUCAAGCACUUCCUCCUUGAUAACCACUGUACAGCCGGUAGUUAUUGAUCGGCACUGUUCCACUAAAUGCCUGUUUACACCAAAUCCUUCUGUUGGUGUUACAACUACCCAGGGAACCACUACACUGCGUGGAAACGUAAUUUUCGAUCGCAUUUUCAACUUUUCUGUCAGCAUAGCUCAAUGUCCAUUAGACAGUGUAUUAUAUGUGGGAAUGACAUCUUCUACAUCCACCUUUCCUCAAGGAGUCGAAGAGGUUGCUAAUUGGGAGGACACGUGGGCGCUUUGCAGCUGCGACUCUGAGAAGACCAACAGCGUAAACUGUUGUGUCGAACCAGGCAUGAUUUUCAGCGGUGGUGCAACCCUUUUCACUUUGGGCGAUAUCCUUAUUGUCAGCGUGAAUCGGCAUGAGGGCACUGUUGCGUUUUUCCGUUUACGAAAGGGAAAGCACCGAGUUGACUUCGGUGUGCUUUUCGAGGGUAUCCCCAAAGACGCUAUCAUACGGCCUAUUGUUGUAUGUGGACCUGAUACAAUAGUGGCAUUUUCUUUUAUGGAUGGUGUUACAUUUCCAGCACGUAAUACAUUUCCUGUAAGCAAUUUCACAAGGUCAGCUCGUAAGAUCUUUUCUCAAUGUACAGUGUGUGAAGCUUUGUUGGCUGCGCCAUGGUAUGGAAGUGAGGACAAUAUCACAUUGUGUGAGCAGUGCUUCUUGACGUGGCGAUAUCCAGAAGAGCUGUUUUUUGUUGAAUAUUCAUCUUCCGAUGCUUCCGCGAUUCCCAUGUAUCUUGCAUCAAGUUUCGCACCGGCAAACCUUAUCAAGAAUGAUUACGUAGAGUUCGAGGAAAAUUGCGUGCUUUCCUGGUCCUCUAAUAAGAGUGUCAAUAUAAAAGUAGAUGGAGCAUCUUGUGUUUCUAUUUUUGACGAAGGCUUUGCAAUAACAGAGCCACUUUCUAUUUAUGGGACCUCACGUGUAGAUAUUCAGGUGGGAUUUAUUGCAGGAGUGUCUGGUCAUCCUUUCAGUGGGCUUCUAGCCUUUACUCCGCUUUGGCGUGAGGAUCAGUGCACGAGGACAACUUCCGUGCUUCAAGGCGAUUCUUUGCUUAUCAGCUCUUCGGUUGUUCCUUUUAACUCAAAGGCCCUUUUUUCUGUUCGAGUUACUGAGGCUAAGCCCAACAGUCCCAUUGCGUUCGCCAAUGUCUUCAUAGGUAUCAGCAAUUUUUCAGAUUAUAGUUACUCGAUGACACGUGCAGAUAUGGAACGCCUGUGUGCCAAUAGCAAGAUAUGGGGUACUUGGUGUGACUGUAAGGAAAAAAUAUGUGCUGAUGGUACUAUUUUCGUUCUAUUGGACUGCACCCACGGUACCAUUCGCAUUAGUGGGACACUUGAGGGGUUGUAUUAUAAUCCUUUUAUAAUCACUUGUACCUUUUCAUCGGAGGGUGAUGAAAACCUACACCCGGCUCUCUUUUCACAAGACACUUGCCAGGUUACGUCUUUCGAAGGAUUCACUUCAUUCCGUGACACCAUUGAGCCAAGCCUUUCUCCGAUAGCGAUAGGAUUGGUACCAGAAACGUUCACCCGGCCCAAUGAAUCCAUGUUCGAGGAUUCUAUCAUGCUUAUGGACACCAUCUCUCGCACAGAAUUUUUUUCAUCGACCAAAUGGGAAUUUAGCGAAUACGCCGUGAACAACAAUAAUGGGAUACUUUUCCACAUUGAUGACACGCUUACCUUUAUACGACAAAAAAAAAAUCUACAGGUGUUUUCUCAAGGUGUUUUGAUUGCUUCUUUGAGAUUCAGCGAAAAACAGGCCUUCCGUCAUUACUGUUUAAUGCUAUAUUUUUCAGUGAAAGGACUUUCUGCUACGUUUGUACCUCCCCUGUAUGGAUACACGCAUUUGGGACGCGUCGUAGAGGUAUGUGGCCCCGAGGUUGGCAUAGUAGAAUGCGUAGAUAACUUAAAAGAGCAAAGACGAUUCACGAUUCGUCGCAAAGAUGUUCGUUUUUGUGCGCUAUCUGCUUCUACGUACCAUCCGGAUGCCAUAAGAUCGGGAAUGCCAAUUGCAUUCAAGACAGCACCAAUGCAGCUACCAAAAAGAGGCAUCAUUCUCUCGGUAUCAGUCGGUACUAUUAGUGUUCGUGAGUCUGACGAUGAGCGGGCAAUCAUUUCCCUGAAGAUGGACCAGUGCUUUGUCUUAGACAAUGAAGGGAAAGAAGUCACUAGGAAGGUUUUGUACCCUUUAGUAGCGCCUUCUUUGACAGCGUCGGCGGUGAUGUUUGAGGUGGGAAAGUCCAAAUAUGGACUUAGAUGCAAAGGAUCCCACAACGGAAUUAUGUUUGACUGCUACACAAACAAUUCUAUUGAGAUCACUGGGUUGUCGGUUUUGAGCCAAACAUCUGGACGGCACCGUGCAGACGUAUAUUUCAAGAAGGGGAGCCACAAAAGCUAUGAGCGUGACGCGCACGCGUGGACGCAGUCUUUUAGUGGGUUUGUUGAAAUGCAGGCGGAGCAACAAUUUUCUCUCACAUUUUCAACCAUAUAUGUAGAGGCGGGUGAUACCUUUUCUUUCUUUAUCAACACUUCCCAUAACUGUGGUGUUGGCUUCUAUUGCGAGGAUGAUGGGUGCCAUGGGGAGGUGGGUAGUGUAUUGGACAAUGAUGAUACGAUCACCGUUUUUCUAGGGCGAAAGAGUGACAGUAGCAUUCCUUUUCGAGAUAUCAGUAUAGGAUCCAGGGGAUUCUGUGGAGGUAUUGCGUACAGAAAAACUCAAGAUAGCAAGCCUCCACUGAUUGAGGGUACCAAGUGCCCGACGGCCGUCUACGACCCUUCAUUUUCGUCUGGUAAUAAUUUUUUAAAGUUAAUUAGUCGUCCAGCAAAGAACGCGGUCAGCUCAUCCGUACGGUUUACUGUAGAGGUUACAAGUACCCCUGUGCGCAUCAAGUCUAUUUCUGUCCCAGUAAUUCUCAAAACCUCAAACAACGAGUCACAUAAUUUGGUCCAUUAUGUGGUCUCGACGCUUUAUCGUGCAUUACCCCCAAAUGCACCCACCGACCAGGAAAUUCUACCCGAUGAAUGGCGUUGGGCAUGGAAUACACGUGUUUUAAUUGAUUCAACUUCUACUGAUGUUGUUUUGGAAGGCACCGAUAUCAAACUGAGUAAGGGCCGGUAUUUAAUUGCUCUUGUUGUGAGAAGUGUGAGCGAAGAGCAUGCUAGCUGUGAGGAGCACCGCCGACUUUUUCUCAUUUCCACAACAGAUCCAACGUACACAAGACGGAACGUCUUUGUAUCAGUAAGUGGCUUUUACGGUGAUAUUGUGGUGUCCGAAGAUGAGCCUAUGGCUUUAGGUGAGACACAUACCAUGAUCACCGGCACUUCUUUGGUUCAGUCCAACUCUGCUUCCUACAAUGGUAUCAUGUUUGAUUUGAGAAGCCAAAAAGAUAUUACACUGGAAGAAGUAUUCUUUAUGUCACAAACAAACGCUAACUAUGUCACGGUGCGUCUCUUCUGGAAGGAGGGAAGCAUGAUUGGAGCCGAAAAAUCUCCGUUACAGUGGAUAGAAGUUGGCGUUAAGGAAAUGAAGCUUGCAGAUAAGGAGCUCUUUUCCGUUGGACCGCUGUUUUUACGCAUGAAAGCGAACCAAACGUAUGCAAUUUACGUUAAUACGUCUUCCAGCUGUGGAGUCCGGUUUUACAAUAGCAGCGACGGAAACAUGGGGGAUAUAGGUGAUGAGUUCGAGGACGAUGGCAUUUUAUCUGUUUUUGUCGGCUGUAAGAGUGAAUCAUCAUCUCCUUUUGCUGAAGUUCCUUUAGACCCCCGUGCAUUCCGGGGUAAAAUAAUAUAUCGUACAUACAUGACGAACCCUACCGAAGUUUCCAACCAAGCGAUAUUUUCGUUUGCACGUGCGUUUGUUCUGACUCGAAUAUUAGUGGCUUUGUCAUCUUACGUGGACUUGACGAGUACGAACCGCAACAGCUAUAUGUAUCAUAAACUUCUAUCUUCUGUGAUGAUACUCGCGGCAUUACCAGGUAACACUUUAAAUGAUUUGAACGUUACCGAUAACAUGCUCGUGACUGCGUUAAAUGAAUAUACUGUUGAUGAACUAAAAAAGCGUAUGCUAGCGGUACCACUUUCUGGGGAGAGGACGCCGCUAUUUAAUACCAUUAACAACAACGACCUUGGAUUAUUAGUGGACUCAGCAGCACCUGCUAAUAAUAGUCUAGUUUCUAUCCGGGACGCUGAUUUUAGGGAUAAUUGUGCACUGGUGUAUGACCUUGGUAAGACGCAAACGUAUCUUGCUUCCAUUAAGAGCAUUAUUCCCUUGGCAAAAUGCUGGCAAUGCUCAAGGGCCUACGCUACGACUGAGGUUUGUUCAUCCACCGAAACUACCCACUCAGCGCCCCCUGAUGAAGAGAGCCGUAUCAUCCACACCAUAGCAAAUGCGAUUGUUGAGAGGCAUGGCAAGGAUGAGCAAAAGUGUCUUGCCCUUGCAAGACAUUUGCUGCAAAAUCCUUCAGCAAACGUGAACGAAUUUUUACAUCCUGCCAAGAAGGAUUCGUUAUCCAAUUUUGAAUUUCAAAUGACCGCUUUUUCCAAAGCUCCAAACGUGGUCGCGUAUGAAAUACCUAUUGCGUUGCUCGUUCCCGAGGAGGAAAGCGAAAUAUGCCUCUCUUUUACAUGUCCUUUUGUAUACUGCCAGGCGCUUGGGGCGCUUGUUUCAUUGAAUGUAAAAUCGACUUCUCACUCUGCGUCCUUCAAUUUUAUUACCGACUUUCCCAUUCGGAGAUCCGCACAUGAUUGUGAUCGAUGCUAUUCUCUGCAGCUUCACUUUUCAUCGGCUAAUGGACUCAAUAAUUUCUUGAUGGAGCGUUCUUUCACGUAUAUUGCGGCUUCCAAUGGUUGUGUCAGUGAGUGCAUCGUCCCAUCUCUACCUUCUGCACUUUUCGCUUGCAUGGGCAUGAAUGGGACUGUUAAUAUCAACUUAACCAUAAACGAAGACGCCCUUGCUUCCGUUACAAAGCCAGUGCAGGUCAACUCGGAUGGUAAAAGCUGGACGUGGGAAAAUGGAACUGUCGAGGCACAGCUUAGCUCUGAAGAGCCCGUGUUCUUAGCUGGUGUGUUCAACAAAACUUUAUGGCCAGAAAACAAACGGCACUUCUGUUCAUUUUUAGUGAUUCCAGAAGAAUCUGACAAGACUGUUUUCCUUGAGGUGCAUGUUAUGGAAGUUCUGGAUGGCUUGCAUUCUUCCAGUUCGGCGAACUCAAGGAUGCUGACACGAAGGCCAUUUAGCCUUGUAGGUGGUGAGGUUGUCACACUUGGCUUUUCAAAUGACGAAUUCUUUAUUUUCGACGCUAAUGAUGCAAUUCGUUGUCGUAUUGAAUUAAGCGAACAACUGAAGCCUGACAAACCCUCUACCUUAUAUGUAGGCUUUAUUUGUGUAGACCAAGAACGAGUGACUGCUAUUCUUUCUGCAGAUGUGUGCCACAAGAGAAGUAUACGUCUUUCGAACUUCACCAGUGUUCCCAGUUGUGUUAUAAAUGAUUUUUACAUCCCGGUCUGGAGCUCUUUUGACCCUUCCCGGGUCAAGCUUUCUAAAGAUAAAUCCGUAGCCAGUUGCUCUACCGAGGUCGGAGGGCAGGCUGUGCUUGGCUCAGUCAUCCCCAGCCGUGGUGUUUCGGUAUUUGUGAUUCGAAUUGAUCGUUCCGAUCGCUCUGUGGGUUCUCCUUUAGGAUCUGGGCAUUUUGCGGGCGUGUCAGGCCUCCCCUUUGCCGCAACUUCGCCUCUAUAUAGUGAACUCAAGGCCAUAGGCAAUCUGUGGGUUGUCCAGGAUGUUCAAGAUGGUGACUCGUUGCCACAUCAAGAAAGCAUUCCAUUCAUAAAACGUAAUAAGAAGACUAAUGAGCUGUACUGCGUAGGUACAAGGCUUCUUUUUGUUGUGGAUCAAAACGCUGGCACAUUAUCUUUAGCUCGCGAUAACGAAUCACCACGUGUAGUUUUCCGCAAUAUUCCGCAUGGCAUGUCCUUGCGUCCAUUUGUAAGGCUUGAUCACUCGAAGUCAUAUGCUACCUUGACCCAUUUCUCGCACCGGAGUCUGUGUAGUCCACCCUAUUACCCUUCACUAGAGGAAUGCCUUUUGUCUCAGCCUAUCACACCAACCUUUUUGCGGCGGGUUCCUUUACCGAUAGUGCUCAAGUUUUUCCCCAUUAUGCGCCAUGUAAUCAAUGUGAUUCCUGAGCAUCGGAUGGGUGCUUUGGAAAAUUUUUGGAAUGAUGCGAGCGUUCAUUCUCGAUUUGAGUAUCGAAUGUGCAAUGCAAUCGGGACGAUGGUCGAGGAGGGUGCUUUUUCCCGUGAGAUGUUUUGCUGUGAUUUAGACAAGGUAACGGAGUUCUUGAAGCGCGCUCCAAUGAAAAGGGUGAUGGAAUCACUCUCCGCUAUUCCAUCGUAUGAGAUGGCAGUAUUUCCACCUCGGAAUCAGGACAGCUGCUCUGAAGGUGACUCUGCAGUGUAUUUCCGUCUGCCAGACAAUUAUGAGAUAGUAGGAGCUGUUGAGGGAACAGACAUGAUUCGCGUUGUGUACAUUGAUGCCGUAAAAGGGCCUACUGAGAGAACUCUGUAUCUUAUUCGCCUUGAAUACCACAAAUGUUCGCUUUCAUUGUACAAUGAAGUUUUACCGCAUUGUUCAGCAGUACAAAAGCACAUGAUUCUAAGGCCCCUAAAUAACAUACGCGCCUGCGGUGUCAUUAUCGAUGGAUGGUUUAAUUGCACAUUGGCAACACUACAUAUAUCGCUUGAGCCAAAGCAAAUGAAGCGGGUUGCUGCUGCAAUUGUGUGCGGGAUGGAGCACUGGCAUUUACACGGUACCGUCCAUGGCCACUUACUCCCAGAAAACGUUCUCCUGCACAUUGAAAAUGGUAUCUUCAUUCGCUGUGCCAUUUGGAGGGCAUAUUAUCUUCAUCAUACAAGUCCAUACGCACCACCAGGCUUGCAAAGAAGCGGUGUACGUGACGUUCAAGGUGAUUUAUGGGGAUGCGCAGAGUUGUACAGGCGCCAUUUAAGUCCAUACUUAAAGGAUUAUCCCAUGAUAGAAAAGUCAUUUGAGUUGCUCAGAAAAAACAAUUUAACCAUUUCGGAUGUCUUGGAUGAAGGCAAAGCGUUCAAGGACACCCCCGAGGGCAGUGGUGAGGGCCCUAGUUUCACACUGAGGAUAGGAGCUCGGCUGCGGGGUGGGUCAGGCUCCUACAAUGGCAUCAUGUUCGACGUAUUGGCAAAGAGUACUAAAGUCAGAGUGACUAAGCUAACUUUUUUUCCAGACACCACAACCACUGCAACUGUCACCCUGUUUGCUCGCGAUGGGACUUUUCUAGGAUUUGAGAACGACGCAUCCUCCUGGAAAAAGAUUCUUGAAACUCAAAUGGUACUAUCUGACAGUGUUGAGACUGUGUUGGAAGGGUUUCAUCCAAUCACUAUACCAGCGUUGUCACGAGCGGGACUAUUUAUACACACGACAAGUGGAAGUGGCGUACUCUUCUAUUCAGAAACGGAAGGAGUAACAGCGGGUAUGGGCCAAGUGGAGGAAGAAAGCAGUGGCAUCGGUAUCACCGUCGGAAAGAAAAGCGAGAGUAACAAGCCAUUCACUGCGAUUCAAAAUCAGAAACGACUUUUGAAAGGUAGCAUAACUUACACGCUAAUCACAAGAUCUAAUGGUCCUAGAAGCAGCUUAAUCUAUGCGUGUGAUCCAAACUCAACUAUCAUGAAUCAACCAGCGCUUCGGAUACUGAAUCCGAUUGAUGUCAAGGGUAGAGGUUGUGGCUUUGAGAUUAUAUCAUCCAGCAGCGAAAAAGAAUCCCUCGUUAUGCUUGAUGCCGGAAAGUAUGAGUGGGUCGAUACUGAAAAUAUUUGCCCCUGCAAUUGCACUGAAGCAGACUCGAAAGUGGAGGCACCACGGGCCUAUGUUGUUCAAAAACAGCUCGAGUAUUAUGAGAAGUCGAUUCUACAUGCUGAAUUCAUGAAAUCACCAUGGGGAAGUCUGAGACAACUUUCAUUUAUGCAAUUGGAUCAAAAUAAUUCGGAGGCUGUGCAGUACAUUUCGAGUCCAACAAUUCUACCAAAUGCAAUAUGGAUUUCAGAGAGGUUGAAGAAAAGCUGCGUUGUAUCCUUGUGGUUUUCAUUGAAACAAAGCAACAUUGGUGUGUAUGUGUGCGAGGAUCGUGGUGAGCCAUCUUGUCUAAGCAGCUUCUCCCUGUCUUAUAUUAUUCCAAACACUAAUGUAUGGGAAAACUUGAGUCACGUAUUUUUCCAUAUUGACGUAGAGCUGGGAUGUGUUUUUAUCUCAGACUAUACCAGGGUAUUAAAGUGCUCUUCGCUACCAUCGGAAAAUGUAGCAUUUCGUAUUGUAGUGCGCACGCUUGAUAAGGGGACAGUAUUUGAGAAAAAUACAACGAAUUUGCGUAUGUUUGCUUAUGUAAAUGUUCCUUACGAUGAAAAUUGUUGUCGCAUCGAUAGUGAUUCUGCCAUACUGCUCUUGGAUAAUAUGGAAGACACAGUCACAACAAAUGUUGGCGGCGUUUCGAUCCAAUGUUACCGUUCAGCUAUAACAAAUUCAACCAAGCUAAUAUUCGCAACUAUUACAGGGUUGCCUUGCCGUGUUCACGUUACUGAGCUGCUCGCAGAUUCGAGCAAUGGAGGAGCUGCAUGUAGCAGGAUCACAAAGGAUAUUAGCGAGGAAACAUCUAUGCAGCUUCACAAACGAAUCUCAUCUCCCCUGCUGAUAGAAAUUGAUCGUGUCGGGAAAUGGUGCCUAAAGAGGGAUGUAAUACUCACAGAGCAAUCACCGUCGCUGGAAAUUCGUGGGAACGUUGUAACACAAGUUCUACGUAGUCAGCCCUGUAAGUGCACGGUUUUCUCCCCUCGAUUCGGCAAAAACGAAAUCCACCACGUCCUUCUACGCAUGGUCUGUCCGCCUCGUAAGCCAAUCGGUAUUUCAUUUGAGCAUCUUUCUGCAUCCGAACAUGAAGUCAUUAAUUUGCCCUAUUCCUUCUUUAAUUACAACACCACUUCAAACUACUUGCUGAGUGAGAUGCGUGAGGUUUUUAUUCAUCUACACAUCGAUUUGCAUCGCAAACAUAUUUACAUCGCCAGUAGCACCGGUACUUUCAAAGGCAUGUCAGAUAGGUAUGAAAUCUACCCAGAGUGUUGCCUAACUUUUACGUUGGACUCACCGGGUACACUUGUGGAGGUUGUGUCAUGGAAUGUCUUCAAUGCACGCACGGAGUUAUCUGUUACACCAGAGAGCUUGUCAAAAAUAGCUGAAACCCUUUGUACUCGCUUUCCUUCUUCAAAUUUGUCCCACACUGUGGGGACUAUAAUGAAAUAUUCCUCGCGAAGCAACGAGAAUUGCUUGUAUGAGAACAACCUAUGUGUGUCCAAACAGCUAGAGGUUUUGCUUAUUGGCUACGCACGGCUUCUUUUGGAAAAGACUUUGAUAUCGCAGGACGAUGCACGGCAGGCUGCUCAAUCACAACUGCAUUUUUACAUUUCCUGUACUGCUCUCCGCUCAAGUCAAGCAUUGUCUGGCAUAAUCGACGAUGAGAUUCGUCGUGGCUCUUUUAACCUGAUCGCGCAAUCAUGUGCCUACCUUCUCGCUCCUUCUAUGUUGCAAAGACCUGCUGGGGUGAAGACAAGUGUCAAUGUUUUGGCGUUUGCUAUUCGAAACGAUAUUAUGCGAAAAGUGCUUGAAACGGACCUUGGCCCCUCCCUGACACUACUUCUUUUGCGCACAGCCACCAUUUAUCCUCGCUCAAUUCGACACAAUGCGCUACGAUGUGUCCAGGAGCUAGUGGCCAACAAGGAGGUUCCUCUCCCUUGCCAUAGCUUGCUUGUGCAGCAUUUUGUCCCUCUAUUAAAAAUGAUGUGCCGGUUGUGCAAGCGAGGUGAGAUGGCUUCGACAGUUGUGCAAAUUGGUGUGAGUUUAGUGGCAGAUAUUAUUGAACGCUACCGAGUCAUACGGCCCUCGCUUGUUCCACCAGGGUUAUACAGCAACAUUCCCUUUCCUAUUGUGAUUUGUGCACGCGCGCUGAUUGAUGCGAUCACAAGCAGGCCUCCAAGGCCAUUACCAGAGGCACUCAUGAAAGCUCGCAGGUCAGCUCACUGUAUACACCAUACCAUCGUCACGAAGCCACCCAAUGCUCAGGGUAUGUCGCCAUGCUACUGUGUAUUUUCAGAAAAUGAUCGUGAUGCGGAGAGCGUCAAAACGUUUGAGGUGGUCCUAAAGGGAUCGCGAAAGGGAGCUGUUAUUAUCGGCUGGGAUUUAGAUUACCCACCAGAAAACCCCAUGCGAGUCCUCCAAAAGUUGCCCUCCCCUGAGUUAGAUAACGCGCCACUUCCUUCCUGUGGCUACUACAUUGAGCCCUUCAGGGGAGACGUUUUUGUGUGCCUGGGACGAAAAAGGGAGAAAAAGCCGCUCAAGGUAAAAGUUAAGCCGGAUGAUGUGAUCGUGGUCUCGUGCUCAUACAGUGAGCGACUCAUUAAGCUCUGCCUUCGCCGGGGUUUGCAAAAUGAACUGACAACAAGCUUUUCCCCAACUGCCGCUGAAUGUAUGUCGUUGCCAUUUGUUUAUUUGCAGCAUAACCUGGAUGUGGUCUUGAAUCUUGAUGGAUUGAAUAUUGACAACGACUCUCUCAAUGUAGGACAGAUAUACGCCGAGCUUCAGACGAACCCGAAAGCACUGGACUCAGUACCCGCGCAGUCCUAUGAGUUUUACGUGGAGCUGAAUAUGUUUUCCCAAACAGUUCUCGAAAAGGAACCUUCAUCGGUGGAGGCAGGUGGGGAAAUUCAAACUCAUGAAGUUGCUGGAUACAUGCAACUUUCAGAAUUUCUUGGAGUAAACGCCUUUUUAGACCGGACUAUUUCUAUACAGGCUCUAGAGCCGUAUCGGAAGCGACUCCAUAUUUUCGAUGCCUUAACCUUGGCCUUCUCACCAUUAAUAAACCUGAGACGAAAAUCAGAGCUCUUCGAUAUUUUCCGAGUUCUCAAAAACCUCUGCUCCAAACGAACCGAGGAGAAAUUUCAAGCUGAUAUCAUGCGCCCGUUUCAAAAUAGGACUGGUCGAAGGGCUCAUGUGACCAUACAUUUAAUGCAAGCAAAACCCUCCAUUCAGCUUGGGCCACACCCAGCACUGAUGCGCUCGGUGUUCGGAGAACUUUAUCUUCAUCUUCAACAUACUAGCAUUGAUACCUUUUACGUUUCACCAAUUUUUACGGUAAAGUUAAUUGGCUUUGGAUCUACAGACGCAGGGGGACCGUAUAGGGACGUGUUGUCGCAGCUUGCGGCGGAAAUAAUGACGGCACAUCCUAGCAACGAAUUCCAAAUGAACCCUCUUUUCACUCAGUAUGGCGGUGAAGGGGCCAGCGCGGUGAUGCCUAACACGAAUAUGAUGAACAGCACACAAACGCCACUCAUGUUAGAAUUCUUUGGCAAACUGCUCGCAUCCUUUUUUAUCACGAGAGACCUGUUGACAGUGGAGUUUCCUCCCCUUUUCUGGAAGCUAUUACUCAAUGAGCCGGUUUCAGUGCACGAUCUCAAGGUUUUUUCCCCCAACAUCGUCGAGUUACUUGAACCUGCGAACUUGAUGGACCAUACGGAAGAGGAACUUGAGGAACAAUUUUCUGGCGUUGCGAAGGCAUGGCAGCUAAUCGUCGAUAAAAAUCCUCAUCUUCUUCUUUCUAAAUCUCUUCCACCGAAUACACUUGAGUCUGCACGGUUGUUAUCGCAAAAAAUUCUGGAAAAUGACAUCAACCGAUUUGCAGAGGCUAUGCACUACAUUCAGGUGGGUUUUAGCAAAGUGCUUCCAUUAUACACUUUACAAGCAUUCCGUUGGCAGAAGGUGAGGCUUCUUAUUUGUGGAACCCAUAAGCUUUCGUUUGAGGCAUUUAAGUCUGAGUGCGAUAUUCAGCUACCCUUGAAAGAAUCUCAAAUGUUUCUAAGCGUCUUGGAGGAUAUGUCCGAUGAGGACAGACGGCUUCUUCUUCGCUUCACCACCGGCCAGUCUAGACUGCCCAUUAAAUCACGCAUUAAGGUGCAACUCAAUGGGAGCAAAAACGCGCUUCCGACAAGCAGUACGUGCUUUUUCCUACUGCGGCUUCCGUCUUACAAUUCUGAAGAGAUGAUGAGGGAGCGACUCUUGUAUGCGAUUCGGCAGUGCAAUACCAUUGAUGCAGACGGACUUCCAAGAGAAAAUAUCAUCAUAGACUUGUAG